AUGGAACCUGAGCAUUCUGUUUCUGCUUGCCUCGGGCUUCUCUCUUGCAUAUGGCUUUACGUGCCAUCCCAGCUUUACUAUGCUGACGUCGGGCAUUUCUUUACUAUGCUGACGUCGGGCAUUUGUGUUCUGAAAGCAACCAAGUUUAAAGAUAUCUGCUCAGCUGCAGCAUUAUGUGUCUCCCUAUCUACUACUCUCAAAGUGCCAGUCUCUCUGAUAGGCAGCGAUCAUGAAAAGGUUUAUGAAAUUACGAAAUUGUCUGAGUAUUUUUGGGUCGGAAUUCAUGACCUCCUCAUCCCGCAAAAUAACAUAGAAAUCGGCUGGCAAUUCAUCGAUUCUGUAAAACAUAAUCGUAUGGAGCCAAAUAAACCAAUUUCAUGGUACCCAAGCGAACCAAGUGAUUAUGCUGAUGGCGAGCAAUGUACAUUGUCAUCGAAAGCGAGGUUAUAUGAUUACAGAUGUACACUGAAGAGAAAAAAUGAAGUUGCUAUGACCAUUUGCCAGCAAUAUGCAGGCACGGAGACAGUUAAUAAAAACAUUUACGAUUCGGCAGAUCCGACCACAAACCGAUUUGUACGUAACCUCCCCGAAGAAGUGGUUGAUACU